UCCGCUGCGGGCGCUCCCCAGGCCUGCAGAGGGCGCUGCGCCUCAGUCGGCCGGGGUGUGGCGUCGCUCUAGCACGCGCCUCGGCUCGGUGGCCUGUGCAGCAGCUCGGCGUUCCCCGCGCCUCCUCCCAGCACAGGUGGGUCCGCCCGCGGGGGCGGGGGUGCCUGGGAGCGGUGGGGCGGGCGGGCAAUGGCAGUCUCUCGGGCGUGGAGUAAUCUUUAUGGCCGAGGUGCCCGGGCUCUGACUGUGGGUCGGGAGGAUCGGGUUAUUGGAAGGACUGCGCGGGUGGAGGUCCCAUUCCUGGUGAUCUCUUCUCCUGGACGCGCAGUCCCUGUACAUGGACCCCUUUACACUUCAGGGGUCUCCGCCGCGCUCACGUGCGACUUCCAGGGGACAUCUGGGGGAGGGGCUGGUAUGGGCGGGGCACCGUGAUUGACACCUCUCUCCCCAGACUUCACGGGUUACCCCUGGACCCCUCCCCUGUCCUGACCGCUGAACCGACACCAUGCACGGGCGCCUGAAAGUGAAGACGUCAGAAGAGCAGGCAGAGGCCAAAAGGCUAGAGCGGGAGCAGAAGCUGAAGCUCUACCAGUCAGCUAUCCGAGCUGUCUUCCAGAAGCGCCAGGCUGGUGAGCUGGAUGAGUCAGUGCUGGAAUUGACAAGCCAGAUUCUGGGAGCCAACCCUGAUUUUGCUACCCUCUGGAACUGUCGACGAGAGGUGCUCCAGCAGCUGGAGGACCAGAAGUCCCCUGAGGAAUUGGCUGCUCUGGUGAAGGCAGAAUUGGGCUUCCUAGAGAGCUGCCUGCGUGUGAACCCUAAGUCAUAUGGUACCUGGCACCACCGCUGCUGGCUGCUAAGCCGCCUACCUGAGCCCAACUGGGCCAGGGAGCUGGAGCUGUGUGCUUGCUUCCUUGAGGUGGAUGAGCGGAACUUUCACUGCUGGGACUAUCGACGGUUUGUGGCUGCACAGGCAGCUGUGGCCCCUGCAGAGGAGCUCGCCUUCACUGACAGCCUCAUCACCCGAAACUUCUCCAACUACUCCUCCUGGCAUUACCGCUCCUGUCUCUUGCCCCAGCUACACCCCCAGCCAGAUUCUGGUCCAAAGGGACGCCUCCCUGAAGAUGUGCUGCUCAAAGAGCUGGAGCUGGUGCAGAAUGCCUUUUUCACUGACCCCAACGAUCAGAGUGCCUGGUUCUAUCACCGCUGGCUUCUAGGUCGAGCUGACCCUCAGGAUGCUCUGCGCUGCCUACAUGUGAGCCGGGACGAGGCCUGUCUGACCGUCUGCUUCUCUCGGCCCCUCCUAGUCAGCUCCAGGGUGGAGACCUUGCUACUCAUGGUUGAUGAGUCACCCUUGAUUGUGGAGUGGAGGACCCCAGAUGGCAGGAAUCGGCCCAGUCAUGUCUGGCUCUGUGAUUUACCCACUGCCUCCCUCAAUGACCAGUCACCCCAGCAUACAUUUCGUGUCAUUUGGACAGCAGGCGAUGCCCAGAAGGAGUGUGUGCUUUUAAAAGGCCGCCAGGAGUGCUGGUGCCGGGACUCAGCCACUGACGAGCAGCUGUUCAGGUGUGAGCUGUCAGUGGAGAAGUCCACAGUGCUACAGUCUGAGCUUGAAUCCUGUAAGGAGCUACAGGAGCUGGAGCCUGAGAAUAAAUGGUGCCUACUCACCAUUAUCCUGCUGCUGCGAGCUCUGGACCCUCUCCUGUAUGAGAAGGAGACACUUCAGUACUUCCAGACCCUGAAGGCUGUGGACCCUAUGCGAACAGCUUACCUGGAUGACCUGCGUAGCAAGUUCUUGCUGGAAAACAGUGUCCUCAAGAUGGAGUAUGCUGAGGUGCGUGUGCUGCACCUGGCCCACAAGGAUCUGACGGUACUCUGCCAUCUGGAACAACUGCUCUUGGUCACCCAUCUUGACCUGUCACACAAUCGUCUCCGAGCCCUGCCCCCUGCCCUGGCUUCUCUGCGCUGCCUUGAGGUGCUGCAGGCCAGUGAUAAUGCCAUAGAGUCCCUGGAUGGCGUCACUAACCUGCCCCGGCUUCAGGAACUAUUGCUGUGCAACAACCGCCUCCAGCAGCCUGCAGUGCUCGAGCCUCUUGCCUCUUGCCCCAGGCUGGUCCUCCUCAACCUGCAGGGCAACCCACUGUGCCAAGAAGGGGACAUCCUGGAACACCUGGGUGAACUGCUGCCUUCAGUUAGAAGCAUCCUCACCUAAGAGGCCCUGCCCCCCACUCUUGCCCUUUAACUUAUUGGAACUAAAUAAAGAAUGGAGAGUCCUCUUCAGGCU